AUGCCGCAAACAAAAGAUGUAGGGACAACAACUGCUCACCCCAUACCAAAUGUCUCUCCUGAUGAUCUAGUCGCUUUCCAUGAAGCGCAUUUCUCACAAGUAGCCCUCGCUUCCUUCAAAUCCGACUUCAUAGACUCGCCAAGCCAGGACCAUACCCAGCAUGAUACCGCCGAUGAUACUUGGGAGGAAGAGGACGAUGGCUUGGGCUAUUAUCCGGAUGGUGUGAAGCGAACCUUAACGGAUGAGCAAAUCGAGAUAUUUCGACACUCCGAACUAGAAGCUUUGCGCAAGCAGAAAGAGAAGGAGAAACAGCUUAGUGCGAAAGCGAUUGCAUCGUCGGGUGAUGCGAUGGACCUCAGUGACGACAAUCAUGGUCCCGCACAAACCGAAAGCGUCUCGUCUACCUUACCAGCAUCUUUCCAAACUAACAAGAAGCGAAAGAAGAAGGGAUCGAAACGCGCUCGCCCGGAACCGAAGCCGGACUUGAGAAAACGAACAUGGGACGUUGUUGACAAAGGCUUGGACUCGCUUGAAUACGACUGA